AUGGGAGUUGAGAAACCUCUGAAAAAGGAAGUAAAAGACAGAGCUGAGAAGGUUCUUGAAGAAUGUAAAAUAACUGAUCGGGAAAAAGGUCUAGCACGGUUUUUUACAGUGUUUGGAUUUGAUACUUUCCAUGCUGGAAGUACGUACACUAAAAUGGGAACAAUAAUUGGUUUGCCUUAUCAUUUUAGCUAUAACAGCAAAGAAGAAAUAGAUCAUUCAAAAAUCCAAGUUUACAACAAUUCUGAACCUAAAUGGGGAUCGACAGCUGGACAGGAGCUCCUGGAUUCUCUUAUUCUGUCAGAAAAUGCACAGAAGUUUGCUAUUGCUAGAGAAAUCCAUCUUGGAACAACUUCCUAUGUUUACGUUUUUGGAGGAUUAUUUUCUUUAAGUACCACCUCUGCUUAUUCUCUAGGCAGUGCUUUAAGUACAAAGUAUGGGAUCAGAUUGGCAAGAAUGCCCAUAAGACUGACUUUGUAUACCCUGUGUGGUUUAUUAGGAUUUGCUAUUUUUAUCACACUAAAAGACAAUGCUAGUCUAUACUGGGACAAAUAUGCUGAUGAAAUGGCAGCACAAACUGGAAAUGGUUAUAUAGAAGGGGGGAUUGAAUUUUACCAGAAGAUGCUUCAAAGAAAUCGUGCUCUUAGACAUCUGAUGGGAAAUUAUGGGAAGAAAGUGUACACGGCAACGGGUAAUAAUGAAGUGUUAUUUAGGAUGUCCCAUAUUCCUUAUACAAGCAGGCUGGACUUCCUCCAUGAAUUGAAAGCAGAUAAGGAGCAACUAGCAGAAUAAGAGUAGAUCACUUUGUUAUAGAAACAUUUUUAAUUAGCCAAAAUGAAAAUGUUUAACGUACUUCUUUGUCAAGUCAUUUCAGCACUAGAAGCAGGGUUGCUAGAUUUUCCGACAGAUGCAGUCUGCUCUAUAGCCAACUAAUGUUAAGUGGUGUAGUUCUGUUAAAAAACUACCGUAUUGGCUCAAUUAUAGGGUGAUCUCGAAUAUAAGGCGACCCCUAUUUUCAGAAACCACGGGAAAGAAAAAAAUUUAAUGUCAUAACAACACUUGUUAGGUCCACAAAAUCAGUACGAUAACUGAACAGCCUGAAGGUGGAUUAGUUGCAAGAACUAGCAAUGACUUUGAGCGAACAUCUGGUGCGCAUGCAUAGACGGAUGCUAUCUGCACAUUCGGGAAUUUGACAGGCUAUAGUAGGGGAAGGGGCCUGUGGUUGGCCACAAUUAUAAGGUGACUAUGAAUUUUACAGCCUAAUUUCAAAUGUAAAAACAUUGCCUUAUAAUCAGGCCAAUAUGGUAUAUAAUAACACAAAAUAGUAGCAUGUAUUAAAGCAACUUUAAAUAAAAGCAAGAACAGAAGCCCAAAUCGGUGGUAAAUACACAAACUUGGCAAAACUGACUAAAAGACUGUGGUAGUCAGAUGCCCAACAUCCUGUUUUAAUGUUGAUAACAUGUAUUUAAAUAAUAACAAUAUUUUUGUGAUCGACUAGAAACCUUUAUCUCCAAGAUCUCUUCCUUUUUGUUUUUUUAAAUAAUCACUCUGAUACAAUUAUCUAGUAUUGACAGAAACAACUAAAAGAUGAUUCAUAUUGUACAACAUCAAUGCUAACUUGAGUGGUAAAAUGCAUAAAUUAGCACAAGUAUUACUUGUCUGUGUGAAAAAUAACUAAAAUGGAGAGUGUCAGAAGCGUAUUAGACUUUGAACAGUGAUUAGCAUGUAAUAAUAAUAAUAAUAAAACUGGUUUUUAAUAAACACUCAGAUUUUCAUUCAACAAUCCUAGUGAGAAAGAUUUUUGUAUUUUGGGCAUUCAUUAAGUAGAAGCAUACUGAGUGAUGAACGAAGCAUGAAUACUUACCUUUUUAUUUAUGUAUAUGACGUAUGCUGUGAAAUACAAAAUUAUUUAUACUUUGAAUGUAAAUGUGUUAAUGCAUUGCAGACAUUGUGAGAUAUUUUUAUCAAGUGUUUGCAUUCCUUUUUACAAAACCAGUUUGAGAAAAGCACCACAACGUAUAUAUAUUAAAACACUUGAACCAUUUUUGUCGAAGGGUACCAUUCAUGAUCAUUUGAUAUGUUUAUUAUUUAAACCAUCAACCACUGGUAAUAUUUGUUUUGAAACUUUUUAACUUAAGAAACUUGUUCAUCAAGAUGCUUUAUUACCUUCCCUACCAACGGACCACAAUACAAUAACAGAGGUUGUGAUUGUACAGGAAUUCCAUAACUCAAGGUACAGGUAUGAUAUGCACAACAAUAACAGAGGUUGUGACUGUAUAAGAGUUCCAUAAGUCAUGGAGUUAGGAUGACGAUAUUUUUUAAAUGAGAGAGUAAUAUAUUUUAAGUUCCCAAAGUAACAUCUAGUGAUUUUAUAAAAACACUGAAGUUUAGACAAAGCAUUGAUUUAAUGGUCAAUUUUAAAAUGUGUUACUGGGCAAGGUGAACACUGUCUCUUAACUUGCAUACUAAGUUUCUGAAUGGGAUUUAUUAAAGUAAAGAAAUACAUUUUAAAAACAUAUAAAGUAGAUAAACAUAAGUGAAUGUAUUAGUUUGGGUUGAAAAUUAUAGAGUAAUAGGAUUAAAUUUUACAGUUCUA